AUGGAAGGUGUGAAUCAAUCUGUGGUGUCAGAGUUUGUGUUCCUGGGACUCACCAACUCUUGGAGCAUCCAACUAUUUCUUUUUGUGUUCUCCUCCACAUUUUAUGUAGCAAGUAUGAUGGGAAACUCACUCAUUGUGUUCACCAUCGCUUCUGACCCUCACUUACACUCUCCCAUGUACUUUCUGCUUGCUAACUUGUCCUUUAUUGACUUGGGUAUUUCUUCUGUGACUUCCCCCAAGAUGAUUUGUGAUCUGUUUAGAAAGCACAAAGUUAUCUCUUUCAGAGGCUGUGUGACUCAAAUUUUCUUCAUCCAUGUCAUCGGUGGUGUGGAAAUGGUUUUACUCAUAGCCAUGGCCUUUGACAGAUAUGUGGCCAUAUGUAAGCCUCUCCAUUACCUGAUCAUUAUGAGUCCAAGAAUGUGCAUCUUAUUUUCAGUGGCGUCCUGGGUGGUUGGCCUUAUGCACUCUCUGGUUCAAAUGGCUUUUGUGAUAAACUUACCUUUCUGUGGACCAAAUGUGUUGGACAGCUUCUACUGUGACUUUCCCCGGUUCAUCAAACUUUCUUGCACGGACACAUACCCACUGGAAUUACUGGUCUCAAUCAAUAGUGGAUUCAUGUCUGUGGGAUCUUUCUUUAUAUUGAUCAUUUCCUAUAUUGUCAUCAUAUUUACUGUUCAGAAACACUCUUCAAGUGGCUCCUCCAAGGCUCUGUCUACACUUUCAGCUCAUGUGACUGUGGUGAUCUUAUUCUUUGGGCCUGUGAUGUUUUUUUAUACAUGGCCUUCUUCUUACACACACCUGGAUAAAUUUCUAGCCAUAUUUGAUGCAAUUGUCACUCCCUUUCUGAACCCAGUGAUCUAUACAUUGAGGAAUCAGGAAAUGAAAAUGGCAAUGAUGAGAGUAUUUAGUAAGCUAAUGAGUUAUCGACAAAUUCUUAAACAUUUGAACUGUGAAUAG